CGGGGACGGCGCGCAGCGAGAGCGGCAGGCGGGCUGGCAGCGGGCGGCUCUCGCGCUCCCGCACACACCCGCGCGCACACCGGGAUACACACACACCUGCACACAGCCGCCUGCUGCCGGGUCGCCCCGGUGCCGGGUACCGAGGAGGGGACAGAGCGUGCUCCGCGCCCGAGCCUGCGCCCACCUCGCCGCCUUUGCGCUCCGCAGCGGCGCGCCUCGGCCGGCGCCCCCGCCAGUCCCGCCGGAAGAUGGUCAACGACCGGUGGAAGACCAUGGGCGGUGCUUCCCAACUUGAGGAACGGCCCCGCGACAAGCCGCAGCGGCCGAGCUGUGGCUACGUGCUGUGCACCGUGCUGCUGUCGCUGGCCGUGCUGCUGGCUGUGGCCGUCACCAGCGCAGUGCUCUUCCUGAACCACGUGCACGUCCCGGGCACGGCGCCCCCACCCAUCGUCAGCACAGGACCGGCCGGGGCCAACAGUGCUCUGGUCACCGUGGAGAGGGCCGACAGCUCCCGCCUCAGCAUCCUCAUUGACCCACGUUGCCCUGACCUUGCGGACGGCUUUGCCCGGCUGGAGGGUGCCCAGGCCUCGGUGCUGCGGGCGCUGACUGAGCACCAGGCCCAGCCACAGCUGGCAGACACCCAGGAGCAGGAGCUGCUGGACACCCUGGCCGACCAGCUGCCCCGACUGCUGGCCAGGGCCUCGGAGCUGCAGGCCGAGUGCACGGGGCUGCGCAAGGGGCACAGCAUGCUGGGCCAGGGGCUCAGCACCCUGCAGCAUGAGCAGGGCCGCCUCAUCCAGCUUCUCUCCGAGAGCCAAGGCCACCUGGCUCACCUGGUGAACUCUGUCGGCGACGUCCUGGAUGCCCUGCAGAGGGACCGAGGGCUGAGCCGGCCCCGAGUCAAGGCCGACCUCCAGAGGGCUCCUUCCAGGGGCGCCCGGCCCCGGGGCUGCGCCAACGGCUCUCGGCCCCGAGACUGCCUGGACGUCCUCCUCAGUGGACAACAGGACGAUGGUGUUUACUCCGUCUUCCCCACCCACUACCCCGCCGGCUUCCAGGUCUACUGUGACAUGCGCACCGACGGUGGCGGCUGGACGGUGUUCCAGCGCCGGGAGGACGGCUCCGUGAACUUCUUCCGGGGCUGGGAGGCGUACCGGGAGGGCUUCGGCCAGCUCACGGGGGAGCACUGGCUAGGGCUCAAGAGGAUCCACGCCUUGACCACGCAGGCGGUCUAUGAGCUGCACGUGGACCUGGAGGACUUUGAUAACGGCACUGCCUACGCCCGCUAUGGGAGCUUCGGGGUGGGCUUGUUCUCGGUGGACCCCGAGGAGGACGGGUACCCGCUCACGGUGGCUGACUACUCGGGCACUGCAGGUGACUCCCUCCUGAAGCACAGCGGCAUGAGAUUCACCACCAAGGACCGUGACAGUGACCAUUCGGAGAACAACUGUGCUGCCUUCUACCGUGGUGCCUGGUGGUACCGUAACUGCCACACUUCCAACCUCAAUGGGCAGUACCUCCGUGGCGCCCACGCCUCCUAUGCCGACGGCGUGGAGUGGUCCUCCUGGACCGGCUGGCAGUACUCACUCAAGUUUUCCGAGAUGAAGAUCCGGCCGGUCCGGGAGGACCACUAGACUGGCACAGUGUUCAAUCUGAGUGUCCUCCAGCCACACUCCGUGGCACUGCCCCUACCCCCACCUGUGUCCACCCCUGCCUGCUGCUGAGAACCUUCUCUGCCCACCUGUGCAUGGCUGACCUGCUUUCCAGGAGGGGAGGGCCAGGCCAACUCCGUCCCUAACUCCCAGGGGACUGGGGACACACACACCUCCUUGCCCUCCCUGCCCGCCCACUCCCUGUUUGGCAGCCUCUGCUGAUGGGGCCUGGUGAGCUCCUCCACCCAAAAUCCUGCCGCCUAGACCGUGGCUCCUGUGCUGUGUCCGCCCCUCCCAGCAGGGUGGGUGGGGUCCGCUGCGCGCCCUGGUUCUGGACGGUGCCCCCAGGCGGCCCCCCUGCUUGCCCGAACCCCUGGCAAUGAGGCGACAGAGAGCGAGGGGCUCCAGCACCGCGGCCUUUCCAACAGACCAGUGGGGGGCGCUGUCCUGAGCCCAGGCCCGAGGCCCUCUGCCCUCCCAGCACCUGCGACCUUUCCCCAGAAACUGAGCCCUGCCAUGCCCCAGGCCAGGCUGGGUACCGCUGCCUGCAGGGACCCAGGUAGGGGCCAGCUGAGACCCCACUCUGUGCCCCUGGCAGGCCUCCAGGCCCUGGGCUUGCGGUGCCCGUGGUCUCCACCAGGCUCACAGGAGGCCCAACCUGGCUCCCGCCCAGCCUCCCUCCAGCCUCCCUCCAGCCUCCCUCACAGCCUCCCGCCUUCCUCCUGCCUGGCUGGCGGCCGGGCCCAUCCCGCCCGGGACUGCAGCUCUUCAGGAAGGUCGCCCUUUGGGCCCUGCCCUGCUGAGGGUCGCGUGGCCUGGAGGGUCUCAUGGACCCUUGGAGGCAGGCUCGGGGAGCUGGGGGCAGCUGACGCGCCCUGCUGCUGCCUGCCGACCCCCAGCACCCGGCAGCACUCUCCAGGUCCAGGGCUGGGGUUCCAGCCCUCAGCCGCCUGCCCGAGCCCUGGGACCCCGUGUUGGCACAGGACCAGCCCCAGGGCUGCUCACCCAAGUUCCUGCCUGGGGGAUCUAGUGGGGGUCCUGGGGACGGCCGGCAGCCAGCCUGUGCCCCACCAGCGCCUCCUCCUCCUCCUCCUCGGUCAGGAGGGACCUGAACCCGUGACCUGAGCGUGGCCUGCUCCCUGCUCGCCUGAGGGUCCCGCCUGGCCGCUUGCCCUGGACAGCGCCUCACUGUGCCUGGCUCGGCUUCAGGAAUGUCAGCGGCACGUCUGUCUGCGUGGCCAAAGCCCCCGGUCCUGGACAAGGCCAGGUGCUGCCCAUUGGGCAUCAGCUGGAGGCAGAGGCAGCCAGGAAGCAGCUCAGCGUGGCCAGGGCGUGGCUGGAGCCGCCAGAGCAGGUGGCUUCCCCUCUGCAGGAACCGGGGCACCAGCACCGUCCUGUGGCAGGGCCGGGCCAGCCCACAGCCCAUCCUGGGGCUCUCCCAUGACCCCAGUGGAGCCGACCUCGGCUGCCAGCCUCGCCGGGCCAGCGCUGCCCAGGCAUGUGCGCUCUCUGAUGUGUCAUCAAACAAGCCCCCGUGAGCGCCGUGCUAAUGGAGUCGCAGAUGUGUGUGGCGGGCGGCGCGGCUGCCCGUGCCAGGCUUGGCUGCGGCUCAGACUUGCUGGAGCUCUGCCCGGUGGGCAGCAGGGGGAGGGGCAGCAGGAACAGGUGAGGGCAGCCUGCAGGGGUCCGUCACUCCCCAGAGCACCAGGCCAGGGCUGGCACCACUAGGGGAGGUGGCCUUCCUGGGACUGGCAAAUGGACACAAGGCCCGUCGCAAUGAGGCAUGUCAGGGCAGCAACCUGCUAUCCCCAUGUCCCCUGCUGGCAGAGAGCAGGCGGUCCUGGGCCACGGCCCUGGCCUUGAAGAGCCCACAAUCUCAUGUCCAUGCAAAUGGCCGCCCCUGAGAUAGGAGCGAUCACAGGAACCGGAGCACGCUGGGAGACCGUAGGGCCUGCAGAGGGGUGAGUGACCAGGCCCACUGUCUGGUGUGGGCGGAGGUCACCAGGACCCACGGUCAUGGCACAUAGACCUUGCCCCACUGGGCCCAAUUUGAUGGCCUGGCAGUGGGCUGCCCAUGUCCCAGGAUGUCACUAGCCAAACUCCCUCCCCUUUCCAGCCAAGCCUCCCACGGGGACCUGGGCGUGGCUCGCUGACUCCCACCGACUGUGGACAUGUCCUCUGCAAGCCUCAGCCCAGUCCCCUGCUUCUCUCCAUCCCACAGCAUGAGGCCAAAGGCCACUCGGCUGGUGGCCUGGGCUCGCCAAGAGCAGAGGGUGGGAGGACCUGGUUUACACCUGGUGGCCUCAGCAUAGCCAGGAGACAGUCCCCCAGCUGUGCUCCCUGAAGCUGCCCAGGAACGGGGUUCCUGCCCCGGGGAUGAAGGUGACGUUGGCGGUGCCCAUUGUCCUGGUGUCCCUCGCUUGACCGCCACCCCCCCUCACCCACACAGGCAUCUGGUGGCUUGGCUGGUGGGAGACGGUGUCCUCUCUCCAGCAGUGAUGCGGGGAAUUUGCCGUCAACGUGGACAGCCACCAGGGACUCGGGGCCCUGGCAGGAGAGGGAGGAGGGUGGGCAGAUGGGACCCGGGCACGGCCUGCUGCCCCCACAGAUCCCCGUCCCCGCAGGAGUCAGGACGCCAAACCUGGAGCCAGGUGACCUCCCCAGCUCCCCCAGGGCCUCCGUUUCCUCAUCUGCUUGCAGACAAGUUGCCCCGAGUCCGAAUGGCCCAGGUAGCAGCAGACUCAGCAAACCCGGGCCUGGGGUCUGGCCUGAGGGGACGGGGGGAGAGGCCUGAGGGGCAGCUUGUCCCAUGGCCUUCAAUGCGCUGGAGACUGUGCAGGAACUCUGCAGGCCAGCCAGGCACCCCGUGGGCAGGGCACAGUGUGGGGCAUGAGCUGCAGGGGCUGUGCACUGGGCGUCCCGUGGUUCCUGUCUGUAAUAAAGUCUCGUGGUGACCCGGCUGCAGCCUCAGCCUGUGACCCUACUUGAUGUCCAUGUUACAGCCCAAGGUGGGCCAGACACCAGGUUUCCCAGUAUCUCCCUAAAUUGCUGAGGCUGGCCUCAAACUCGUGAUCCUCCUGCCUGGGCCUCCUGAGUCGCUAGGAUUACAGGCAAGGGGCCACUGCACCUGGCAAGAAGAAAGGCUUCUCUUUCUUCCAAUGGGGAUGGAACCCAGGACCUCGCACAUGACAGGAAGCUCCCCGUCAUAAGCCACAUCCCUGGCCCCCCCACUUUCAUUAGAACAGCCAAAGGGCUCUCAGGGCAGCUCUCUGCUCAAGAACUUCUGGCGGAGCCAGCCGGAGGCUCUGUGGACGAUGGUGGCCUGGGCCUGGCCAGCAGGGGCGGGAGUAGCCACGGCCCCGUGACUGGGCUUCCCCCUCUCCCACACGAGCUGCCAGGGUCUGGGCUCCAGGGGUGAACCUGGGCCUGGGCCACCUGGCAUCCCCCAGCGUCCUCGGGGUGACACCCUGCCCCGCGGGCUCCCGGGGCUGGACUGGCGUUCGGAGCACUGAGACUCUUGGGAACUGACCAUCCCUCAAGGGCUGUUUACUCAUGAAGACCAACUGUGGUUUGAGGACGGAACAAUGCUCUGGGUUUACUGAAUAAAAUCUGAUAUUCGCCAGGCUCGGCGGCACUCA